AUGUCCUCCUCGACUGCAUCGUCGAUGGUGGAUUGGCGGCAAACGGAAGAUGAAACUGGGUCUAUGGGCCUGUUGUUUGUGAUUCUGAGUCUAAUUCUUCUCUCCGGGCGUCAAGUGGGCGAAGGAAAGCUGCGUGCCUAUCUAGCCCAACUUUCGCUGUUUAUUGACCGGCCAUUACCCACCGCUAUUCAAACACAUGGCGCAAGGACUGUCGAUGACCUCGCUGAUGCACGGCGUGGACACAAUGAACAAAGUAACCUAGAGUCCUUUUUGCAGCAAAUGCAACGGUAUGGGUAUCUGGAAAAAGUGCGUGUGGCAGCAAGCGCUGAGACACCCUCCGCGCCGUCCUUUGAGUGGCGUUGGGGAGCCAGAGCAGAGCUAGAAAUCGGCGAAGCAGGUGUGGCGGCAUUUGUCACAGAUCUAUACCAGAAUGGCGCCAAAUCCGAAAAUGAAAAUGUUGCUUCAGAGCUGCGUCGACGAAUUGAACGCGCUGCUGGUACACCGUUGGUAGGAUGA